AUGAGUAGUUCCGAAGAGGUAUCAUGGGUCACAUGGUUUUGUGGACUUCGAGGUAACGAUUUUUUUUGUGAGGUUGAUGAAGAUUAUAUUCAGGAUAGAUUCAAUUUAACAGGCUUGUCUGAACAAGUACCACACUUUAGAAAUGCUAUGGAUAUGAUUCUUGAUCUUGAGCCAGAUGAUGAAUAUGAUGAAAUUCAUUCUGAUCUUGUUGAACAAGCUGCUGAAAUGCUAUAUGGUUUAAUUCAUGCACGUUAUAUUCUUACUAAUCGUGGUAUUCAAUUAAUGUUAGAAAAGUAUCGAAAUGAAGAGUUUGGUAAUUGUCCACGCGUCUAUUGCGAAGGGCAAGCUACACUUCCAAUUGGAUUAUCCGAUAUAUGUGGAGAAUCUAUGGUUAAAUUAUACUGCCCAAAAUGUUGUGAUAUUUUUAACCCACGCUCAUCUAAAUAUAGUCAUACUGACGGAGCUUAUUUUGGCACUGGUUUUCCACAUAUGCUAUUUUUUGUUCACCCAGAAUUGAGACCAAAAAGUCCAACUAAAUAUUACAUACCACGUUUGUUUGGUUUUAAAGUGCAUUCAUCAGUUUAUGCUCAUACACCAAGUUACAAUCAAAGAAGAAUGUUAAAGGAUGAUGAAUCAAGAGAGGAAGAAACAACAAGUAGCAAAUAG